ACGCGACCACCGAAGAAGAAGAAGUCCAUUGCGCAUGCGUACACCACGUAUGCUCAUCUUCUUGGAUGCUAACUUGCUAGCAAUCCGUACGGCCGUUGGUAAGCACCAUUCACUCAGCGGUCGGGCUACCUCCAGCAGCGGGGGGGACGUGCGUGCCGCGGCGGCGAACGACGCUUGGACACCCGGACGGUGGCGCCGCGAGCGACGAAAUGGCCGGCCAGCAGUUCCAGUACGACGAUAGCGGCAAUACGUUUUUCUACUUUCUCACGUCGUUUGUGGGACUCAUCGUGAUCCCGGCCACCUAUUACCUCUGGCCGCGGGAUCAGAAUGCUGAACAAUUGCGUCUCAAGAGCCUGCGAAGGGUGCACGGCAGGUGCUUGUGGUACCGGCUCCGGCUGAUGAAGUCCCAGCAGAGCAUAGUCCCCACGCUCAAGAAAACUGCCUUGUUAUUUGGCUGGGUCGUCUUCCUGCUGCUUGCGUACAAAGUGUCCAAGCUGGACAGGGAGUACCAGGAGUACAAUCCUUAUGAAGUCCUCAGCCUGGACCCGGGGUCAUCGCUGUCUGAAAUCAAGAAGCAGUACCGCCUGCUGUCCCUCCAAUUCCAUCCGGACAAAGGUGGGGACGAGGCCACGUUCAUGAGGAUUGCCAAAGCUUAUGCCGCUCUCACCAAUGAACAAUCCCGAAAGAACUGGGAAAUUUACGGCAACCCGGAUGGUCCAGGCGCAACCAGUUUUGGUAUCGCCCUGCCUGCCUGGAUUGUGGACCAGAAAAACUCAAUGCUGGUGUUGCUGGUGUACGGUCUGGCCUUUAUGGUCAUCCUCCCUGUUGUAGUAGGCACGUGGUGGUACCGCUCCAUCAGAUACAGCGGAGACCAGAUUCUCAUCAACACAACACAGCUUUUUAUGCACUUCAUGUACAAGACACCCAACAUGAACAUGAAGCGGUUAGUCAUGGUGCUAACAGCAGCAUUGGAGUUUGACCCACGCAACAAUAAAGAAGCCACCAUCCGACCCACAGACAACAUCGAAGUGCCACAGUUGAUUCGUGAGUUGGGAAACAUCAAUGUGAAGAAAAAGGAGCCUCCUUUCUGCUACCCGUACAGUCUAAAGGCCCGAGUUUUGGUCCUCUCUCACCUGGCACGCAUGGACGUCUCUGAGGAGUUGGAAGAAGAUCAGAGGUUUGUGGUGAAGAAAAGCCCAGCUCUCCUCCAGGAGAUGAUCAACGUGGGAUGUCAGCUCACCAUGAUGGCCAGCAGCAGAGGAGGUUUCCACGCUCCUCGCCUGGUCACCAUCGAGAACUGUAUGAAGCUGACCCAGAUGAUUGUGCAAGGUCUGCAGGAGUCCAAGUCGCCUUUGCUGCAGCUGCCGCAUUUCGAGGAAGAGCAUCUCCGUUACUGCAUCUCCAAGAAGUGCAAGGUCCGGAGUCUGCAGGACCUGGUGAGCCUCAAAGACUCGGACAGACGUGGCAUGCUGCGUUUCCUGGGGGAAGAGAAAUAUGACGAGGUUAUGGCCGUGCUCGGCAGCUUCCCUCAUAUCACGAUGGACACCAAAUUACAAGUUCUCGACGACGAAGAUAGCAGCAACAUUACGGCCGGUUCCAUCGUCACAGUUACGGUCACCUUAACCAGAAAACGAAUGGUGGAGGUGUUUGAAAAAGAGCAGGAAUCCUUGCCAUGUCCAGGAGAGGAGGUGGGGGGCCCCACAGAAGAAGCAGGGGAUGUGAAUAAAGCCAAAGCAAAGCAAGUGUGGCAGAACAAGAGCAAAGGCACCAAGAAGACAGCGAAGUCCAAAAAGAAAAAGCUCACCAAGAAAAAGGCCACACCAGGACCAGUCAAAGGCAAGCAGGCCAAUGGGAGCGUGGCGGGAAAUGAGGUGGCCUCGACGGCCAAGGAGGAGGAGGAAGAGAUCUCAGACAAAGGCAGCGAGUCGGAUGAGGGUGAGACCAACAAAGACUCUCCCAGCGAGAGAGAUGAAGACAGCGACAAGCAGAGCGACACCGAGCUGGACGAGUUGGCUGGAGACGAUGAGGAGGAGUGGGAGGCGUUACAGCAGAGCAUCCAGAGGAGAGAGCGCGCCCUGCUGGAGACGAAGUCAAAGUUGACACACGCCGCCUACAGCCUCUACUACCCCGAGGAGAAACAGGAGUGGUGGUGGCUCUACAUCGCUGACCGGCGGGACCAGACCCUCGUGUCCAUGCCCUACCAUGUCUGCACACUCAAGGACACCGAGGAGGUGGAGUUGAAGUUUCCGGCACCUUCCAAAACAGGCAACUAUCAAUAUUCCGUCAUCCUCCGCUCAGAUUCCUACUUGGGACUGGACCAGAUCAAACCACUGAAACUGGAGGUUCACGAGGCCAAGGCCAUGCUGGACAACCAUCCCCAGUGGGACAUCCCCGACACGGAGGAGGACGAUGAGGAGCAGGAGGACAGCGACGGCAUCGAGGAGAGCGAGGAUGACGAUGACGACGAUGACUGAUUACGCGCACGCGCACUCUGUCAACACACUUGACCCCUGCCAUCACCUACUUCCUCCACACACUGACGCAAAGACUCAGGCCCGGGACAUUUUUGUACACUCUGGUCCAUGUCCUCUCCCAACACGCCAGCGCUCGCCUCUUUUCUAUGACUGCGAGCAUGUGCGUGGGUUUCGAACCUGGUAAGAAUGUGUACAGGUGUGUUUUAGUGGGGACUGGAGCAGCCAUCUUGUGAAUCCGUGUGUGUACAACAAGAAUUGUUCCUUUCGCCUCAUGUUGUCACAAUUACUCGAGAGCGCACCACACCCAAUCGACUUUCUAAUAGAACUUAAAGGCUCAAUAUUAGAGCCAUGCUAUUUUCUAAUAGUGUCAUCAUUAGUCAUUCUGUUAUGCUACACACUAGUACAUCGUACGUCUUUGUCACAGCACAUUCCAGUGUGUCGUCAUCGCCCGGAGAAGCCUUACAAACAGUGUGAGAAAAAAAAAUGUACAAAUAUUUUAAAAGGUCAACUUGGGUGCCAUGCACCCGCCGUUCUUCUCAGCUCGGCAGUAUUUUUUUCAUUUUAUUAGCGUAGUUGACCUUUAGCGCCCUGUCUGGGCGAUUUAUUUUUUUGUCAAUGUUUAUUAGUUUUGUAAAAAUCCUCGAGUAUAUCAAGGAGACCACACCGCUUGCUGUUAACUGGGAAGAGCAGCUUUUUUUUUUUUUUUUUUUUUUUUUUGAGCAUUGUCUCAAGUUCAUAUGAUCCACUGAGGAGGGGGUCCGCACGCUACUAAGUGAUAGUCAAGUCAGCAGAGGUGUCAAACUCAUUUUUGUUGUGGGUCACAUUGUAGUUACUUUCUCUCAGAGGGCUGUUAUGACUGUAACCAUAAAAACCUUUAAAUUGCGUCAUCAUAUUUACACAUUUGUGCACCUGCUUUGGAAUCAGAAAUCUAGGGUAAUGGCUUAUUCAAGAGUGCAAAACGGCAGAGAUUGGGUAACAAUACAGUAUUCACAAAAAAUGCUUGCAAAUCUUAAUGUUUUCAUUCACCAUUUGACAAUUUAAAGUUUUGGUCCAGAUUUUAACUAAUUGAGGAAAUGGACGCAAACGAUUUGCCUUUGGGGGCCACAUAAAAUCAUGUGGUGGGCCGGAUCUGGCCCCCGAGCUUUGAGUUGACACUUGUGGUGUGUACAUAAGGCUGGCCAGAAGAAUGUAGCAUCAGUGAUGUGACACUGUGCACGGAGGACCUUUAUUGCAAUCCGUCAUAUCAAUAUCAAUUCAGUGGAUGAUUUGGAUAUCGAGUGGAUCCUUGCACGGCUUUGCAUAGCCCCCUCGUUUCCUCUCGCUUUCUCUCCCAAACCCUCCUUUUACAAACUUACUGUAUUCAAAGUGUCCCAAUGACGCCUCUUCUUUCUGCCACUCGUUUACAAAGGAACUGGCAUUGUAAAUGGAUAACAAAAAAAAAAAGAAACAAAAAAGUAUAUUAUUUGUAUUUAAAAUCAUUUCAAAUAAAAACUUUUAAAUGAAC